UGGGAUAAGAGCUACAACGUUAAUUCUUCCGAAAGAAUAGAGGAGAUGGAAAACGUAGCAUGGGUCAGAAAAACGGUCUUUUCUUUUCCCUGUUCCUCUGUUUUUCCCCCUGUCCCAACCGAAAGAAACAGAAUCUUUAAUUAUUAUUAUUUUUUUCCCUCUCCAUUUUUCCUUUGGGAUCGAUAUUAUGUAGCAAUUAAAUUCUUUAUCAUUUCAAAACUUUUUCAAGUAGCAAGAGAGGCAUACCCAUUGACGCACCUUGCAUUUUCUCUUCGUGUAGGAAUUUUUGGGCUUUUCCAAAGGGGUAUUCUCAUGUGUCACAUUUGGCCAUUUUGAGAACAAAUUUGAAUAUUUGAAUUUGGAACACACCAUUACAAUUUCUCUUUUAUCUUUCACCAGAAUUUUCCACAUUGUUGCUAGUUUAAGGGGAAUUUUAGGGGAGAAAAGUAGCUAUCAAAAACCCAUAUUUGUGACGCCUUUGUCUCCCUAAAGGUUCUUUUUUGUUGAAUUUAUAUGAUAUUUAAAUUUCUACAAUGGGUGCUCGUUGUUCCACUUGUUGUUUCUGUUUAUGGCCUUCAAAUAUCAAAUCCCACGUUCAACAUUCCUCUGAUAUCGAAAAAUGGGCAGAGAAUGAGCAGCUAAAUUUACCAGCUUUUAAAGAAUACGGUUUGGAAGAGCUGAAGGCUGCCACCUCAAGUUUCUCAAAUGAUAAUAUAGUUUCUGAACAUGGAGAAAAAGCUCCCAACAUUGUGUUUAAAGGACGGCUUAGUGGCAAUGGCCGUUGGAUAGCUAUCAAGCGCUUCAAAUCGUCAGCCUGGCCUGAUUCUCGCCAAUUUCUUGAUGAAGCGAAAACAGUGGGGCAGCUAAGAAGUAAGCGGUUGGCUAAUUUGUUAGGGUGUUGCUGUGAAGGGGAUGAGAGGUUGCUAGUGGCUGAAUUUAUGCCUCAUGAAACAUUAUCCAAGCAUUUAUUCCAUUGGGAUAACCGACCAUUGGAAUGGGCAAUGAGGUUGAGAGUUGCUUUGUAUCUAGCACAAGCAUUAGACUAUUGCAGUAGUAAAGGGCGAGAACUAUAUCAUGACCUAAAUUCUUACAGAGUUUUGUUCGAUCAAGAUUGCGAUCCAAGGCUAUCAUGUUUUGGCUUAAUGAAGAAUAGUAGGGAUGGCAAGAGUUAUAGUUCCAACAUGGCCUUCACCCCUCCGGAAUAUUUAAAGACAGGUAAGGUGACUCCCGAGAGUGUGGUUUACAGUUUUGGCGCCCUGUUGCUUGAUCUUCUUAGCGGGAAGCAUAUUCCUCCAAGCCACGCACUUGACCUUAUACGUGGAAAGAAUUUUCUGAUGCUAAUUGACUCAUGCUUGGAAGGUCACUUCUCAAAUGACGAUGGAACUGAGUUAGUUCAACUUGCUUCACGUUGUUUGCAGUAUGAACCUCAUGACAGGCCAAAUGUGAAAUCUCUUCUGACCUCCUUAACAUCUCUUCAGAAAGAAAAAGAUGUUCCAUCGAACGUUCUGAUGAGUAUUGCUCAUGAAACCGCCUCACCUGCUCAAGUAUCUUUAACACCUCUUGGUGAGGCUUGUUCGAGAUGUGAUUUAACUGCCAUACAUGAGAUUUUAGAAAAGGCUGGAUACAAGGAGGACGAGGGGAUCGCUAAUGAGCUUUCAUUUCAGAUGUGGGCUAAUCAAAUUCAAGAAACCCUGAAUACUAGGAAAUCUGGUGAUUCUGCAUUUCGAGAUAAAGAUUUUACAACUGCAAUCAAAUGUUACACACAGUUUCUUGAGGGUGGAAAUGUUAAGUCCCCAACGGUGCUUGCAAGGCGCUCCUUAUGUUACCUAAUGAGUGACAAGCCACAAGAAGCUCUCGCAGAUGCAAUGCAAGCACAAGUACAAUUCUCCAAUUGGCCCACUGCUUUUUAUCUUCAGGCAGCUGCACUUUUCACUCUGGGAAUGGAAUCAGAUGCCAGGGAAACACUCAAAGAUGGCUCGUCCUUAGAUUUCAGAAGAAUGAGACAAUAAAUUUGUAUAGGUUAUUGAAUAUAGUUCUACAUAAGGAGACAUUGUGUAGAGCACCUUCCUUACAUGAUUCACCAAUAUCAACUAAUUGUGACACUGAAGGUUUCUUCAUAACAUCCGUUAGAGUGCAGGUGAUUAAUUUUUAUUGUGCUUCUGCCUUCUGGGAGAACUGUUGAUCUCCCACUUUUGUAAGUUAUUGUGAUCUGGAGAAUUGGGGCCAAAUUGUUAGACAAAGUCACAAAUACAAGUCUAUAAGUAUUUAUUUUUGAACUCUUUAUU